GUGCUCUUCUGUGCGAACAGCAGCCGCUUCAGGCCCUCGUUCUCAGACUCUAUCCUGUGUAUUGUGCUCUGGUACUCGGACAGGGUUCUGUCCACUGAGUCCAGGAUGUCGCUCACUGUCGCUUUAAAGAUCUCAUUCAGAGAAGACUCCAGGAAGAUUUUCAGAUCACUCGACUUGGCCAUGUUAGACCGAGCGGUUGUAACGUUAGACAACUCACCAGACGGUUUGUACACAGCUGAAAGUAUCUUGAAAAAAAGUGGGCGUGUGCGACUCCGCUGCCGUGUACGGAAGAAACAAAGCAGAGACAGUCGCAUGAAAGUGACGGCGAGGAGAAGCCGGAUUAUUUUUUGCCAACAUGUCUGUAGUGCCCCCUGUUGGUAUGGAGUGGAGAAGUUGGAUCAACGGGGACCCUUGUAGCAAACGUUACUGUUAAACUGUUUCCACAAAUAACCACGGUGACAAAUGGUGUUUAAAUAACUACAAGAAGGACUGCAAAACCAUAGCAGCACUUCUAGGUCACUAGCAAACUACUAACUGCGAAUGCUAAUAGUACAAGUACUGCUAACCAGUCUCUAACUUCACUUUACUAAAUCACUACAACUGCAAGGGUGCUGACAUACAUGCUAGUAAGGAAGCUGAGCCACUCCCCUAAUCUGACCUGUGUGCUUGCAUGCCUUCAGGGUUGGUGGGCGUUGGCCUAGGCCUCUCAGACACAUCUGCUGGGAGACAAACGGGACAGAGAGAGAUGGAAGUCUGAUCUUGAUCUAUCUAAUAUGGACAGGAAACAUCAAGAAGAAGGCGGAGAACCCGGUUCAGACUAGGACUUGCAUGCAUCUUUAUGCGACUCCACGCACAGAAAUGCUGCUCAGCUGAAAGGGAGCAGAUGUGAGGCUUGUUUGUUGUGCGCGGCAGGUUCAGACAUAAUCAACGGAGGGUUAUUUGUAUGCUUGUGUGCAUGUGUGUGUGGAUGAAUAUGUCUGUGAAAGCACAGCUCUUUGACAGUGGUGUAAACCUAGUAUAACGUAGUGGUGUGUCUUUCCCUCCCACAAAACUUGACUUAAAACCUCACAAGCCAGCAGAUCAUAUGACGUUACUUUAUAGAGCCUGGAGAGGGUAAGUCAUGCUUCACAGUUGAAAGGUUCCUCCUAAUGAAAUUUUUCUUUUUUUGUUUUUUGAGGUUUGAAAAUGUUUAGUUUAAUCUAUGUGCCAUGUUCAGUGGUAAAGAAUGACAUUCUAGGCUAAUGUUCAUCCUCUUUAGACAAAUUCUAUUAUGAUACACAUAUUUAUAAGUCAUUUAACAACUUUCACUUCAAACUGUGUGGCUGUGUUCCUCUUUUUAUUUCAUUCUCCCUGCUAUCGUUUUUUAAAAUAUUUGUACUUCUCUAAUAUUGUGUUUACCAUUCUGUCAAGCCUGUGAUGUUCUGUAUAAACUUUCCAAGCAUUGUAAGCAACUUCUGCUAUUUUCCAGUUAGGGCAGACUGCAGUUUGUCUGCCUGAAAGCAUCCUGAUUUGUUGAGGAUGAAAUGGUGUUUCUUUCUGUCGUCUGAGCAUUUCUUUUUAUCAUCAACAGUGCUGUCAAAGAUAACAUCACACACAAGAUUAACUGUGUUAUCACAACACAAGAUGGCGAGACAUUGUAAUCAGUACUGUUUAAUAGUAGAAAGAGCCAAAUCAUUUUGAAAUUAAUUUGAUUUAAACUGUCAGAUUCUCACUUAUAAGCCCUAAAGGGAGACAGUACUGCUUUAAAAAAUGUUGAUUGAAAUUUUAUUAUCGCCACAUUUUUUGUUUCAAAACACAGUGCGAUAUAUUUAACUUAACUGACGAUCCUCUUUGUUAAUCUUCUAUAAUUCUUGUACACGUACUGUAGCACUUCUUGAACCCUGACAGGAACUGAGAAGUGAGCACCCACACAGGAAAUGUGGUCAAGGUCUGUCCCGGAUGUUGGUUGCAUGACGUGAAUAGAAUAAUGAAGAGAUAGACAGUGAAGGAUAGAAACAAAGUGUGACGGAGAGAGGGAGAAAUAACUGAAGGUGAGAAAGAGUAGGCAGAAAAUAACAAGAUUUGAGGUGAGAUAUUAUAACACCCCCACUACAAACAUGGACAAUGUUUUGUUGUUGACCUUCUGUUGCUGGCCUUGGUGUUGUCAGGAGAGAUGCCCUUGGUUUGUUUUGACAACAUGCAGUUCAAAUUUUGACUCUUUCACUGUUUUAUCCUUUGCCCAGAGUCACAGUGCAGUCUGCCAAUAAAAUGAUAAAACACAGGACGCACGACUGUUAAACUGCUCACCAGAAGCAACCCCUGAACCCCACCCUCUGCCUCCCGCUUAAUCCACGGCGUACACCUCUAUCUCUCUUUCUCUCUUGCUCACUUGCUCGGCUGAUUUUUCUGUGACUGCGGUCAGGAAGUACAAACAUGCUUUUGUGACAUUUCACUUAAAGUCUUUUGCACUGCACAUCUGCAAUGCUACACCAAGAAGGUUCACAAAAUUGACAUAUGAGCAGUGCAGGCUACAAAACAGACAAGCAUCUUCUCCGAACUGGAUUAUGUUGACAUACGAGUGAUCUGUGAAUGGCGCUAUUGGAGGUUGUGACAUGCUUCGGGAUUUCACGUUCAUGGGAUCUUACAAAAUGAUCGUCCUUCUUACAGCAGAGGAGGACAUUUUGUAGCCAGACAACGUUUACAGCCACAACCCCUUUUACUGAAACCCAGCUACGGAACUGUCUGAGAUACAUGCUAAUGGAGGAGGAAAGCUUGUGCUCCUCUCUGCCAGAUAUUACGGAUUCAGUCCUUCAACAGCCUCAACAAGACUCAUGCAUCUCAAUAGACCACCAGUACAUUAAUGGAGAACAGCAGGCCAUUGUGUGGGGCGAGACAGAGGUUCAGAUAAACCAGGCACAUGGGACAGAUCAACUCCCUUUCUCUGAGGAGCCUGAACUGUGGGAGCAAAUAAUAUGGCCGGUGACCUGUACCAGUCCUCACCUUUCCUUCGCCACAGUGCAGUGGGACAUGCCUGAUCCGUCUGCGGGGACGUCUGCACUCAUGACUGACAGUGGCUUGGCCAAUAAACUGGACUCUGGCAGCGUGACGAGUCUAGACGCAACUUCUGAGUCACUUCACCAAUCUCAAGUUGUUAAUGCUGAGCUUUUCACACUGGAGGACAGAGAGGAAGAAGAUGGGUUUCAUUCACAGUGUCUGAGCUCAAAUCUAGAGUGGACGGGAAGCUGCUCCGAGCCAUGUGAUGCUGCAAAUGUGCAAGAGCCGACGACACAGGAAAAGGAAGACACAACACAUGAGCUGUUAGACAGUAAUAACGAAAUCCCCCUGAGGACAGACUCAGAAGAAGAGGAGGGACAUUCAACAACCUCUGAUUCAGUUGAAACUGUGGACUUAAUCGACACUCUUGAAGAGAUUGAAGGCUCGGACAAUGAGGCGGACGGCUUUGUAGAUUUAAACCCAGAAGAGGAACAGGAGGAGCCCGCCAUUCUGUUGACUGGACAGAGAGACUCGGAGGAAGAGCAAACUUCAGCAAAUGUUGUUAAGAUUGAAGAAGAGAAUAAGGAGGGAGACAAGGCAGAAGAGGAGCAGGGUGUGACAAUUGAGUCUUGUACUGAAGAAAGUGAAGAGGCAAAAACUGUCAGUUAUCUGAGUGAUGUGGAGGUUCCUGCUGAGCCACUACAAACCGACGAUACUGGACCAACCAUAAACCCAGAUAAGCUAAUUGAUCUUCAACAGUCAGAGCUUUCAGAGGAAAGGUGGUGCUCAAGGACUGAAGAGGACACAGAGAUACUAGAACGGUCACAUGAAGAUCCCACAGGGCAGACCGAAGCGCAGGAAAUGUGUGAAGAUGUAAGUCAGAACGUGGACCCUGAACAGUCAGAGGCCGUGGACGACAACGAAGAACCAUCGAUACAGUUGGCAGAUAAUGCAAAGAGGAUAGAUGCCUCACAAGCGAUACUAGAGCUGACUGAAAAACUGAAGGAGACAAGUUUAGAGUAUCAAGAUUGUGAUCAAACAACUUCACAAGACGCCGAGCCUGAGAGCUGUGAGUCCGAGCAGCUUGAGAUGACCAAAGAGUCGGAGCAGAACCAAGCGGAGGUGUCACAUCAAGCAGAGGAGCCACACUCCACAGACCUGUUGCCCCAUCUGGAGCAGUCGACGCAGAUGGAAUUGACAGAAGAGUCAACCCAACCUGAAAAUGCAGACCUGCCAGAGCAGUCCACUCAGUCAGAGCAGACAGUUCGUGUUGAAGCUGAAGACCCUCGAGUGGCAGAGCAGCAAGCACAGACGGAGCCAUCAGAGCAGAGUGAGCAGCCGCUGCAAACGGCCGACUCGCCUCAGCCAUCAUUCCCUGAGCAGCUCGCGGGACCAGAGAAGACGGAUGAGACCGAAAUAACACAGCAGCUGUCUCCUGAGACUGAGGUCACACAGCAGACAGCCGAGGCCGAGUUAAACCAGGUGGACAAACAGGCUGAGACAAUUCGGGAUGAAGAAGUACGAGGUAGCGAGGACUGGUCCGUACAGACAGUUGUCACAAAUGGAGAGCAACCCAAACCCCCCAACACAGCAGUGCUUAUCAUGAACGGAGGUGAGGUGGACAUAGAGAUGGCCCGCCACCUUGCUGAGCGGCUGUACAAGUUGGAUGGGAUCCAACGUGUGGACGUGGUGAAACACUUAGACAAAGAUAAUGACUUCAGUCGAGCUGUCGGGGAGGAAUACCUCAAAUUGUUUGACUUCACCGGGCAAACUCUCGAUCAUGCCCUGAGAUCUUUCCUGAAAGUGGUGGUACUGAUAGGAGAGACCCAGGAGAGAGAGCGCGUGCUGCAGCAUUUCGCCUGCCGCUUCCAUCACUGCAACCCCGACUCCUUCACCUGUUCAGGGGCUGUGUUGGCUCUUACGUGUGCUUUGAUGCUUCUCAACACUGACUUGCACGGCCAGAAUGUAGGAAAAUCCAUGUCCUCUUCUAAGUUUGUGUCUAACCUGGAUGGGAUGAAUGAAGGAGAAAACUUCAGCAAGGAUCUCUUGAAAAGUCUUUACAAUUCCAUAAAGAGUGAACCGCUGGAGUGGGCUAUUGAUGAAGAGGAAUUAAAGAGCUCUGUCUUGGUGGACGAAGAUGCAGCAGACGACGCGCCAAUGCGCUCAAAAGCCAACCCCUUCCAGGACGUCCCUCAUGACAAAAAGGCCUCUGUGGUCAAAGAGGGAUUCCUCCAAAGAAAACUCCAUGCCGACAUCGACGGCAAACGCACUCCUUGGGGGAAGAGAAGCUGGAAGACUUUCUACGGAGUGCUGAAGGGGAUGGUCCUAUACUUACAGAAGAAUGAUUACAGGAGGGAUCAGCCGGAGGAGGUGGUGAGUGUGCACCACUCUCUGGCCGAGCAGGCAGCCGACUACACCAAGAAGCCACAUGUUUUCCGCCUGCAGACGGCUGACUGGAGGGUUUUCCUAUUUCAGGCCUCAUCCAAAGUGGAGAUGAAUUCAUGGAUCAGCCGCAUUAACCUGGUUUCGGCUCUUCACUCCUCGCCUCCGUUCCCCGCCGCUGUCGGAUCUCAGAGGAGGUUCUUCAGGCCGAUCCUCCCCGCCUCGCAGUCUGCUCAAACUCUGGAUCGUCAGCUGCAGUCUCAUGCGGGAAUGCUGAAGUCUUUCAAGGCGGACCUGUUGUACCUUCAACAAAACCUACCAGAGGGAAAGAAAGCCAAAGCCAAGGAGCUGGAGGAGCAUCGCGUCAGAGCAGAAUACCUGCAGCACGAAAUGUGUCGCUAUGAGAUCUAUAUCCACGGGCUGGAGGCCUGGAAGAGCUUGAAAAAGACAGGGGACGAUGUGUUGAGCACCACAGACCUGACCCUCUUUGAUAAAGCUGUGUGCGGUGACUCUGUGGGGGAGGAAGAGAAGGAGGAAGGAGGGCUGAAAAAGUCCUACUCUAGCCCCUCUCUGGAGCUGGAGCUGGCUCCUCCGACGGUGAUCAAAGUCAGACGCAACAUCUCAGAAAGACGGACUUAUCGCAGAACCAUCAUCCCCCGAUGGAAUAAAGAGGCCUGAAACGUGUUUCCCUCAGAGGAAUUCAUUAAUUUCUGCUGUGAGCAGACAGGACUUCAGUCUUUGAGUUUGUGGAAGCACUGAGCAGAGGGGCAGACAAACACCAAAGUCAUAUGUGAAAUCUGCCUCAGCAAGUUAUUGUUUUGUUUUAGAGUUUUUCUGCAGUUUUAUCUUGUGCACUUUUACAAAAAAUAACCCGCAGUCUCUCUCAGGAUAGAGAGGGUGGAGGCCUGAUCCAUAUGUUGAGUGGCUCAAAAUGUUUGGACUUAAUUUAUUUUAUUUUUUUGAGUUAACUUUAGUCUGUAGUAGUACUAAAAAUAGUACAAAUUUGCUUACAUUUGUUACUUUUCUUUGGGCAAAAAUGUGCCUUUAAUCUGUAAACCACUAGAGGGGGCUGUAGUACAGUACAUCUCUGAGUGAAUGGACGUUUGUUUUUCAAGAAUCCGAAUUGCACUUUUAUUGUUUUUAAUAUUGUGUAUGAAAAGAAUUCAUGAUGUUGACGUCACUUACAUAUUUUUUCCAAAUGAAGGGUUAAUUUCCAAAAUGUUAUGAAGUGUUUUCUCUUUGAGGGAAAAAUAAAAUGUUACUUGAUUUUUUCAUUAAA